AUGACAUUUCCAAGCAACUAUAGCCAUGCCUCGAGCCAUAAGAGCAAUGCGUCCCGCGUUGCUGUCAAUCCGCCUCAACCGAGUCCAACCCUCUUAUCAUUGACCUCGCGACCACUACCACCGUUACCGCUUGGAGAAGGACAAGAGGUCAUGGCUGCUAACAACAGCAGUGCAUUCCCUCCUCUGGACAAUCCAACGAGUCCAAUAGGCCGUGCCUCGAUCCCAGGCUCGCAGGUCAACGGAAAUGGCAACAACUAUGCCAACAACUAUAUACCUCCCCUGCCAGUGGGUCAUCAACAAGACCUAGCUUUCUUAUAUCAACAGAUACAAGAAUUGAGCGGCAUCCUGCAAAACAACAGGGAGCGCGUCAAUGAUGUGACGAGAUCCGCAGAAGAAGUCGCCCGGCGUGCUAACAUGGCCAAUGGCCAUAGCAGUGAAGAUUCUUCAGCCAACCUCGCGAAAAUCAGAGAACUUGAAAGAGAACUUGCAAAAUCCAAUAAAAUCAUAGAGCUCUACAAGCACGAGCAGAAAGAGAACACCGCGCUUAUUGGACAGUACGAGCAGGGCUUGUGGCAGGCCACGGACCAGAUUCGAGUUUACACGAACAAAUCCGAGGACCGGUUUAUCGCUCAGAGAGAACACUACAAUGACCUACUGCAACAAGAAAAGGACGAACACUUGCAGACACGACUUGAACGAGACCAUUGGCAGCAGCAGACUCUACGAGUAUGUGAGAUGAUCCGAAAGGCGUACCGCUUGCGGGUUGAUGAAUGGUGUGACGAAUAUCGCACAGUCGUCGGUCUACAGUCUGAAGUGAGGUGCUAUCGAAGAGUACUAGGCAUGCCGCCUGAAAAGCCCGAGGAAGAGACUGGCUGGCCCUAUCUGAAAGACGCGCCAUUUGACGAUCAGGACGGCAAUACACGAUAA